UUGGUGGAUGUGUUUGUCGAAUUAACAGGAUGUUGGUGUUUAUUUUUCUGCUACUACUUCAGAUAGUACAUAUUGAAGGCGAUCGCUGUCCAGAUGCAUGGAUCCGGUACGGUAAUUCCUGCUACAUGUUUAUUGGUACCCCGGAGACAUGGAUGGAGGCAUCGCAACAAUGUGUGUCGAUGGGAGCGGCUUUAGCAGCUAUCGAGACUGUCGAAGAAAAUGCAUUCAUAACUGGUUAUCUGAAGGUGUUUGGCGAUAUUGGUGCUGAUAUGAAGACAUGGAUAGGUGGCAAUGACAUCGAGAUAGAGGGAAUAUGGAAAUGGUCCCCGAGUGGAGAACGUGUGACAUACACAAACUGGGAACCCGGCCAGCCUGAUGGU